AUGGGGAAAAGAGUGGUUGAUUCUUCACCCACUUCUGAUAAAGGUAAAAUGGCUAUUUGUGGAGCAGGAUCAGAUAACAUAGAGGAAAGUGUCAAGAAAACAGGGGGAAGUGGGUAUGGCGAAGCCGCUGAAGGGCUGGUUAAUCUUGGGCAAAAAGAAGAUGAACCUGGUUCAUCAGUUGAAGAAACCCUCGCAGACCUUUUGAAGAAAGUAGGUGACAACUACAACCCUAAGAAGAAGAGAACUUCCAUGACUAAGAGCCCUGGCACUGCUAGGACUAACAAAAAAAGAAAGGUUGCUCCUUCUGACACUAUUGAAAUUCCUCCCAUAAGAGGAAGAGCCACAAGAAGUCAACUGAAGCAAAAUGAGGAAGUGAUACAGAAAGCAUUAGAAGAAAGCAAAAAGAAACGAAUGGACAAAGGGAAGAAGAAAGUGGGAGAGCCUGUUGAGGCUGUUGAUGUGGAUGAGAUGGAUCUGGUCCAUCAAGAUGAAGAUGAAAAUGCUGAAGUGGAGGUUCAGACUCCCAAGCCCAAGAAAGCCAAGACUUCCACUAAGAAGUCUACUCCUAUGUCAAAGUUUGCUGAACCAUCCACCCGGGCAAAAAAGGACCAAGUCUGCAGUGAAACCCAAACAAGUAAAAAUUGCUGA